AUGCCAAUUGAAUUUUCUGGGUCAGUAAUAUUAUUAUUUUACUUUUAAAUUUGGACUUAAGCAAACAACUUAAGCAAAAUUGAGAUGUUUACGAUACCGUUAACCAUAAAUCAAAAUUAUUUCUGUAAUUUUCCAAUGUGUUUAAAUGCAGAUGUUAAUGAAUAUAAAAUAAAAACUGUAUUGACGUUUUCAAUUUUUUAUUUUCUAGAGACAUCUCAUCUGCAGAAAAAGAACCUCUUAUGAUAGAAUGGUAAGCUUGCAUGAUCAGUGGAAUCCUGAUUUUGUAGAUUCUCCUAGUGAAAAGAAAAUGGUUCAGAACAGUAAUAACCGAUAUUACAUUAAAAUAUUACAUUGUCAUGCAGGGGAAGGGAAGUUUGCCUUGGUUUUAAUUAUCCAUAAAGUUAAAACAAAAUCACUGGUUUGAAACCUGGGAUUCUAGCUGUAGAAUAUGACAUUUAACUGCAGGGAGUCUCCCAAAUAUGGCACCAAUCUCAUGAACUCUCAUACAGGUCAUCAAUCUCCCAGAUAAAAUCAAGUUUUGAGCUUUUCUGUGCUUGAAAUUUAGCCCAUUUUUUUCCUAAAAAUCGGGACUUUUUUUAUUAAUAAUAUUGUAUGGUUUCUGGGACAUUUUUGCAGGUAUUUAGUCACUGACAAAGAUUAUUUCAUCAUUACAGUGAUGAAAGCAGAUUUUGAUACCAUGUACUUCAUGCAGAACUUCAUAUGGAGGCUGGGCCAUUUUGUGGGUGGGNAACCGAUAUUACAUUAAAAUAUUACAUUGUCAUGCAGGGGAAGGGAAGUUUGCCUUGGUUUUAAUUAUCCAUAAAGUUAAAACAAAAUCACUGGUUUGAAACCUGGGAUUCUAGCUGUAGAAUAUGACAUUUAACUGCAGGGAGUCUCCCAAAUAUGGCACCAAUCUCAUGAACUCUCAUACAGGUCAUCAAUCUCCCAGAUAAAAUCAAGUUUUGAGCUUUUCUGUGCUUGAAAUUUAGCCCAUUUUUUUCCUAAAAAUCGGGACUUUUUUUAUUAAUAAUAUUGUAUGGUUUCUGGGACAUUUUUGCAGGUAUUUAGUCACUGACAAAGAUUAUUUCAUCAUUACAGUGAUGAAAGCAGAUUUUGAUACCAUGUACUUCAUGCAGAACUUCAUAUGGAGGCUGGGCCAUUUUGUGGGUGGGGGAGUGGAAGUGGUAGGGCUUUUUACAUUUGGGGGAGGGGGCUGGGGUGUGGUACAAAACAGAGAGUCACCAGAUUGUAGAUCUCCAGAGGUUGGCAUCUCUGCUCACUAUGAUCGACAACUGUGAUAAUUUUAAUUUUGAUUUAUACAUGAAAAACUAGGUGGACUAAAGCUCAUGAACUCAUUACUGAGCUUGGUUUGAAGAAGGAUGAUAUCACACAGGUAGUGGAAGAUUCUCCCAUUGCAUUGAGGUAGGAAAGACUUACUAGUUUGCUGCCACAAACAUAUUGUUUAAUCUGUUCUCUUGGAACCUUUUUAUCUUACAGGUGGACUAAAGGAAAUGAACUCAUUAUUGAGCUGAAAAUCAAGCAAGCGCAAAUUCCUGAAAUAGUAAAAGAUGCGCACAUCGCGUUGAGGUAUCUAUGAACAAGCAAAGAAGCAAUGCUUUAUUGCCAAAUUGCAUUUCUUAUUUUCACCACAAACAGAAUUUUAACUUUUCUUAUUGCACCUUGCAUGCAUUUAUACUGACUACUAAAACUUAUGUGUACAAAAGUCAAAGCACUAAAUGAUGGCGAUUUUAAAUAUAAAUGGAAUGAUUUUCAAUUUGAAAUACAGCUCUUAAUGAGUAUUUAUUUCCUUAUAAGAGUAUCAGGUUUGUUUAUAUUGUCAUUGAAUGAAAUAUUCCAUAAGAAAGUCUGUGUGUAUUCAGCCUUUAACUCACUCAUUGGGACAGAGUGAUUUUUGUUGCAGCCAUUUAACAUCAUCAAGACUGGAACGAAAAUGGAGAAUGCCAUGCAACAUAGUAAAAGUAUUAUUAACAAUAAUUUUGUCAUUUUAAUCUUUCUCCCAACAUUCCCAUUAUUGAGUAGUUAAAAUAAUAAAAUAAAAAAUAUAUAAAAAAUAUAUUUAAAAAUAGUUGUAGAAUUUUCAUAAAUCAAAAGGUAUAAUAUAAUUUGGUACAUAAAAGUGAAAUGAACAGGAACUAAUAAUUAUUUAUUGCUAAUGAAAAAUAUUGUGCCUGUGCUAUCUAUUAAACUAAAUUAAAAGGUAAAAUUUGAUAACUAAUUAAAAGUUAAAACUAAGCUGCUAAAUAGGAGUUUUACUAUAUUUGUAUUUAAGUAAUUAAUAUUUUAGCGUUGGGCUUUUUGUCUUGCUUUGGGGUGUCAGUUGCAGAUUUUGGUCUCACUUAGGAUGUUUGGGAUGGAAAGUCAAUUUAUUUGCCCAUUCAGGUAUCGCUUAGUACUGUGCUUAAAGAAAUAAACAAAAACUGACCAGAUACUUCUCACAUAGAAAUCUCCCUUAGGGGUCAGUUAAAGCUUCAGCCACACCCACAUUGGUCUCCCUGGGGUGUAAUUUGAAUUUUCUGAUAAGCAUCCUGCAAUUUUAUAUGGGACUCCCCCCCCGCCCCCCCAGGAUAGUGCUUUCCAAUAAAUAAUCCAAUCAGUUUCCCUAAAGCUUAUCCAGUGGGUAGCGCUAUCCAAGUACCAUAAAGACCUGGAGAAUAAUGUGGACAUAAAAUAUCUCUUUUUGUGUGUCACCUUAAUUUUUGAUUUUUGCUCUACAGAGAUGGUGUUGAGUGGUUAUUUGUCAAGUUGUAUGAGAAGCAUGUACCCCUUCUCAUUAUAUCAGGGGGUCUCGGAGGUAUGAUGAAAGUGCAGAAUAUUUUAGCAGGGCUGUCAUUAAGAGGCAGGGACUGGGAAUUUCCCCGGGCUAUUAAUUAGAACGUGGCCCCCGUGAUUCUCCGCCUACUUAUUGUAUUUACCCGGCUACUUAGAAUCUUAGUGACAGCCCUGACAUAUGUACUGUAUUUCCUCAAAUAAUAGCCGGGGGUGAUUAUUUCUUUUUUUGCACCAGAGGGGGGCGAUUAUUGAAGGGAAGGUGAUUAUUCCAGGGAGGCAAUUAUUUAAAAUAUUGCUCAUUGAAAGUCGUGCCCUAAAUAUUUUGUUUUAUUUUUCCAUUAAAUCAAAAAAUAAUCUCAUCAAAUAAACUGAACAUGGGCUUUUUAAGUUUUCCAAAUUUAGUUCCUUGAUUAAUUUUCAGAGCUUGAAUCUUGCCAAAUCACAUUGCACUUCAACUUAACAGGAAGGGGAUAAAAGGAAGAGAAGAUGGAGAGAGGGGUGGGAGGGGGGCAUUACUCGAGGGAGGCGAUUAAUCAAGGGAUGGCUAUUAUUUGAGGAAACACAGUGUUUACCCAGCAACUUGAAAUCUUAGUUACAGCCCUCAGACAAAAGUAUGCAAUGUUAAAGUUGACUGUGUGUCAAAAAGGAAUUGGAACAAAAAAAGAAGUGAAUUUUUACAUCAGUCAUCUCCCUUCAUCAGUAUACAGUCCAGCUAGCAUACUGUUGGCUGAGACUUUUUAUCAAGAGUUGGCCAGCAGACUUUUAGAGGAGCUUCUCUUCACUUUUUUCAUUUUAAACUCCCAAAGAAAAUAAGAAGCAACAUGACUUAGCAUGGCUUCAGGUAUUACAUUUUAGAAAUAUUACUGCAAAUUAAGCCUAAGGGAAAGCAAAAUAAGUUUAAGUGAGUGGGGAGUUCGAGUCAAAAGCCAGGUAUGGGGUUGUUUUAUUCUCAAGCCUUUUUACAAGUUUGCGCGUGUUUUUGUUUCCAGACAUUAUCAAGGAGGUCAUUGAUCAACAGAGUACUAUCUAUGACAAUGUUACCAUUGUGGCCAACUUCUUCAAAUAUGAGCAGGUUAUUAAGUCUCUUCCUAAAUCUUGCACUACUUCUACAAACAUUACUUUAAUCUCCAGUCCUUAACUUCCUUGGGUGUAGCCAGCUUUCUACUUGUUGUAGGCCAGGCUGACUGCUAGUUGGAACUUCAUUUUCAAAUAUCCUGAAACUUUCUUGUUUAUAUAAAUUCUGUUGAUUGCACUCAUGACUAAUACACACUGUCCUCACCAUCACUCAGAGCUCUUGAGUUCUUUUGCUCGACCCCAAAAUUUGUAGACCGGUAUCCAUAAGUCUAUGGGCUGGCCACAGCCCUGACUUCAGGGUCAUGCAUUUCAGUGAAUUACCUGAAACAAAUGGCCAGCUAAAGGACAGCCGUGUUCAAACAUGUGACCCUAUAGGAAAUUGGUUAUGCAGUGGAAUAAUAAAUAAUAUUAACCCAUUCGCUCCUGGAGAUUUUGCCGAAAAACGCGUUUUGAAGCUAGUCGAGUGGUUUUCUGGUCACUGUCGUGCUAUAAAGAGCUAAAACUUACCACAAACCGGUCUACAGGUCGUACACUUGGCGGCCUUCUGAUCCAGAUGCAAAAUAUCAGCUUGCGAAGUUCGGGCAUGCGCAGAAAGCAAAAUUUCGACAUAGUUUUUGGGUUUAAAAGUGACACAGCAGUCUUGACUUUUACUUUUCGCUUUCUCUCCUCCCUUCUUUUUUCGCUUUUCUUGCCUCAUUUUUUUUUUCUCUUGCUGGGCAUUUAGUAGGCUUCAUUUUGGUGGGAAGAGUUUUUAGGAAAGCUUUUAGGAUCUUAGGAUUAGGUGAAAGGAAAGGUAGGUGGGUAAUGGAACAAGAUUUUCAUGGAGAUUUUCAGGUCCUUGUCACGUGGUUUUUUGCUUCUUUCUCCGGUGUCCUUGACUGAAUUGUGGUCAUUCUGGUAUGGUUUGAAAGAUCUCUUCACUCUGCACAAGUUACCGAAGAAAGUUGUCCUUGACCGUUAAAACUGAUGACGUCACAAAGGGUAGAAAGGACCUGGAUCCGCACGGGCGGUUACGGGCGGUUCAGGGGCGAAUGGGUUAAUCAAAAAACCUAAAAAUGGCCUUUUACCAACUUUUUCACCUGAUUUUACUUGAAAUAGACAGAUUUGGUUGUUUUAUGCUGAAAAGUGGAUUUUUUUCAAAAAGCUUGGUACUUUGCUUAACCCAUUCGCUCCUGGAGAUUUUGCCGAAAAACGCGUUUUGAAGCUAGUCGAGUGGUUUUCUGGUCACUGUCGUGCUAUAAAGAGCUAAAACUUACCACAAACCGGUCUACAGGUCGUACACUUGGCGGCCUUCUGAUCCAGAUGCAAAAUAUCAGCUUGCGAAGUUCGGGCAUGCGCAGAAAGCAAAAUUUCGACAUAGUUUUUGGGUUUAAAAGUGACACAGCAGUCUUGACUUUUACUUUUCGCUUUCUCUCCUCCCUUCUUUUUUCGCUUUUCUUGCCUCAUUUUUUUUUUCUCUUGCUGGGCAUUUAGUAGGCUUCAUUUUGGUGGGAAGAGUUUUUAGGAAAGCUUUUAGGAUCUUAGGAUUAGGUGAAAGGAAAGGUAGGUGGGUAAUGGAACAAGAUUUUCAUGGAGAUUUUCAGGUCCUUGUCACGUGGUUUUUUGCUUCUUUCUCCGGUGUCCUUGACUGAAUUGUGGUCAUUCUGGUAUGGUUUGAAAGAUCUCUUCACUCUGCACAAGUUACCGAAGAAAGUUGUCCCUGACCGUUAAAACUGAUGACGUCACAAAGGGUAGAAAGGACCUGGAUCCGCACGGGCGGUUACGGGCGGUUCAGGGGCGAAUGGGUUAAGAGUCACUUCGGGGAACUUCAAAACAUUUUUGAAUUUGCUUCUUAAUAAAUGAUGAUUUUUUCCUUAUUAUAAAAUACCAGGGAGUGAUGGUUGGAUUCAAGGACAAGCUUUUGUUUAGUAACAACAAAAGAGAGAUGACAAAAGAUUUGGAAUUUUUCAACAGAAAUAAGGUAAGUUGUCAAUAAUCACCCACCACAAACAACAGACUGCCAGUGUUAAAUGUGAUCGAAAAAAUGUUGUUGAUUAAAAAAUAUAAACCACGAGUGACGAGGCUUCAAGGAUCUAUGGGUAUAUAUUAAAUUCUAUUAGCAAAGCAAAUUCAAUUUUUUUUAGAAAAGCUCACAUUAUGUACAUGCAAAUCCCAGGGUAACUUGCUUUUAGGCAUGCCAUUUUUGGCUCUUCCCAGGAAACGUCUAGGUCUCAUCUUAUGAUUUUCAAGUGUACAUUUGCAAUGUGGCUACUCGAUGUAUAAUUGAUAACUAGACAGAUCUGUGUCAAAGAAAUUUGUAGGGUGAAGGUGGCGGCUAAUGACUAUUAAAGAAAGUUUUUAAAAUUGCUUGAACCUUUUUGGUUAGUACUCUAAGAGGGGUUAGUCUCCUAUGCAGCUACUCUUUGGGUUGUCACCCAUUUGUGGGAAGAAUUGUUCCUUGAUGACACAAAGAAUGGCUGUGUAGCCCAAGCCAUGGGCUAGACAUGAGUGUGAAGCACCUUCCACUCAGCAAACAGGCUAACCAGGCAGCAAAUGUUCUACAUUGUAUGUUUAACUGUUUGUUUUUUUAACUGACUGCAGGACCGCACCAGUGUGAUUGUGAUGGGUGACCUGCCAGAGGAUACCCAUGUUUCAUCAAGCCCUAAAAACCCUGAAGUUGUCCUCACCAUUGGCUUUUUAAAUGACAAGGUGGGAAACUUAAGUCGUGUGACUUAAAGAGUUAAAUAAUUUAUUAUGUUCUUCUUAUUGGGGUUCUCAGUUUCAUAUGCUGUACUGUGACAAGCUGGGGAAAAUAAAUCUGACCAUUUUAAAUAGUUUUUCUGUUUCUUGAUUUGAAAAUACAUGUGUUUUUUCUAUAGGUCAAUGAGAAUCUUUCCAACUACAUGGAUGCAUUUGACAUUGUCAUUGUGGAUGACCACAGCAUUGAACUAGUUGAUUUGCUACUGGUGCCAAUUUUAAGGGCUUAA